UCAGGUAGGAGUUCCGGUGAUGUCAGAGGAGAGACGUACAGAACCCCAGGACACAGAAAGACAAGAGCUCGAAAGACCCCCGGGAACAAAGCGUGACCUUGAAGAAUCUGAUAACAGGGAGCCUGCCCCCUCUCUUCCCCCUGCCCCUGCAAUGGAGGACAGGAGUGCAGAGGAGGGGGACACACCUGCAAUACCCGCCGCCCAGCCCUCUCCCCCCACAAAGAGAAAGAGCAAGUUCUUGGGGUUUGGGAAAUUUUUUAAACCAUGGAAGUGGAGGAAGAGGAAAAGUAGUGAUACUUUCCGAGAGACUUCUGAGGUCUUAGAGAGGAAGAUAUCCAUGAGGAAACCCCGGGAGGAGUUGGUGAAGCGAGGGGUGUUAGUGGAGGUACCUGAAGAGGAUGCUACAACAGAGUCUCCUCCUUUGAAGAAUGGUCACAUGACCCCAGUCCCUGCAGAGCCGCCUGAGGAAAAUGGCGUAAAGAGGAUGAGCAGACAUGAUUCAUCUGGACCUCAACAAACCCCUGAAGUUGAUCCUGUGGUAGAUGCCAAACGUGAUGUCCCUAGACAUCCCCUUUUACCCCCAAAGAGAACACUUUCCACUACCCAAGAACACCCUGAGGGGCAUAUACCAGAUCCCAUGCCUCCUGUGACACGAACAUUGAGCUCCACAACUAAUGACACUCGGCCACGAAAUUCUACAAGCACCAACUCGCAGACACAGAGCCCUAAACCUGCUGACUCUCGACCACAUAAUUCUGCAUCCAAUGAUUCUCGGCCACAAAAUUCUAGGUCUGUUGAGACACGAAUACAGUCGAGCUCUGACACGCGACCACAUAGUUGGAGACCUACAGAUUCUCGGCCACAUAGUCAAUUACCAAUUGACACUCGGCCUCCAAGUUAUAUACAUCAUGAGACUCGUAACCAAAAUUCAGUACAAUCUGACUCUAAACCGCAAAGCUUUGUACCCUCACCAGCUCCCAGAAUCCUGAAUCCACCUUUAGCUCCGAAACAGCCUCCUGUUCCCCCACCUAAACCUCAGAACCGUAACAGUAACCCACUAAUGGCUGAGUUGUGUAUGGCACUUGGAGGAAGCACACUGACACCUGCUGGCUCUCGUCCCUCCCCACCUCUCCCUGCAAAGCGUGGCCCUGGCCCAUCCAUGGCUUCUGCAGGCGAAAAAGAAAAGACCUUUCAUUCUGCUCCCCCUCAUCCUGCCUCUGCUCCCCCUCAUCCUGCCUCUUCUCCCCCUCAUUCUGACUCUUCUCCCCCUCAUUCUGACUCUGCUCCCCCUCAUUCUGACUCUGCUCCCCCUUAUACUACUAAUGAACCUUCUGUGCCUCCUUCGCAUUCCCCUCCCCAACCUUCACACGUUUCGUCAUUUCCACCUGUGGAUCCACUACAAACACUAUCUAUUUCAAACACUGAUGAAGAGCGCGGGGAGUUGCCCAGCCAUCUGACACCAAUCCCUCUUCACAUCCGUAUUCAGCAGGCUUUAAACAGCCCACAGCCUGUACCCACUCUGGAUAGCUCUCAAAGGGCACAUUCCCUUCUGUUUGUGUCGAGUGAGACUGGCACUGCUGAAGAAAGGACUAGAGUGAGGUCCCUACCAGUCACUAUUGAAUUACUUAAAGUGCCGGACGAUGAUGACGAUGAGGAGGAUACCAGCCUGGGGGAGGACAGCUGGUCCCCAGAACCCUCUGAACCACCCACCUCUAGAGUAUACAUUGGGGAAGAGCCCUCGGUGACUGUGAUACCAGUUUAUCUGCCUCCAUGCCUGCAGGAGGAAGAUGAAGAUGAGGGUGUCAGUGACAGUGAUUCUGAAGGACCAAUCCUAUACAAAGAGGAAGAGGAGGAUGAAGAGGAAGAACAAAGCUCUUUGGCCAAUAAAGUGAAAAGGAAGGAUACACUUGCCAUGCGUUUAAAUGGGAGGACAGGCUCUGAAGAGUCAAGCACAGAACUACCACAUCGCAGCAGAGAGGAAUGGAAUCAGAUACGGCAGCAAAUUGGUACCCAACUGAACCGGAGACUGAGCCAGAGGCCUACAGCUGAGGAGCUGGAACAGAGGAAUAUCUUACUGCAGAAGAACGAAGCAGAUAGGUUGGCAGAGAAACGUGAAAUCAAAAGACGUCUCACGCGAAAGCUCAGUCAGAGGCCCACAGUUGCCGAACUGUUGGAGAGAAAAAUACUUCGGUUUAAUGAAUAUGUGGAGGUAACGGAUGCGCACGACUAUGACAGAAGGGCAGACAAACCAUGGACUAAGCUAACACCUGCAGAUAAGGCUGCAAUACGCAAGGAACUUAACGAGUUUAAGAGCUCAGAAAUGCAAGUUCAUGCAGAAAGUAAACACUACACCAGGUUCCAUCGGCCUUAACCUGCUGCCUGGGUGCAGAGAUAUUAAUAUGGGGCAAAAAGCACUUAUUACUGGCCUCUCUAUUCUGUGCCAACAACAAGACAUGACCACUGGCAGUCCUUAUUCCUGCACCUAAUUAAGAUGUCUGAAAAGCAAUACAGGAUUAUAAGAAGCUCCCAUGACCCUUCUGUGCUUCCCUACUGCCUCUUUCUGUAAAGUGGACAUUGGAGAUAUAACUGGAACCCUCAGAAACCCUUGAAAUGAUGGACCACAACGAAAUUAUUCCUUCACAACUUGGAUACUGCAGAUAACUUUAUUUCCCUUCAUAACUUAGGUACACUGUCGGCUAACAGUGGUUGCAGUUCCCAGGUGCCUUAUUGCGGGAGAAAAUACGGGACUAAGGCUGGCCCUUUCUCCAGGAUUUUUAUGAAAUUUAACAGCACCCUACAAAGUGGCAGCUCUUGUACUCCCUGGCAGGGCUGGGGUCAUACUGUCAUUCUUUGAGGUGCUUCAGGAGUUGCAAUACUGCUCAGGGAUUAAUUUAUCAUGCAGAAUGUGGGAUGUAAAACGAUUGAUUGUGAUCUAUGCAUUUUAUGCCUUUGCUCCCCAAAUCUGCUUACUCUGCAGCUGCUGCUCAUACACCCAAGGCCUAUACAGGUGUCAUAUACCCUGUGACCCCACUACAUACCUUAACAAUGCAUAUGGGGUUGAUUCUUAACUAGGACUUCACUAAAGACCCUAUUGACAUGUAACGGUUAAUAACAAAAUAUAUCAUUAAUCUAUUGAACUCUAUUUCCUUGUUCAAACUGAGGAGAUGGUUCUAUAGAAAGAGAGAACUUUUUUAUAUAUAUAUAUAUAUAUUGGGUUUUUUUGUUUUUUUUAAAUCAUGGUUGGAAGUGGAAUAUAGGAAGGAUUAUCAAAAUACAAACGGUUAAUUAACACUACGCCUUAUACUAAACCUUUAGUGUGCAUUAUUGAAACUUUCUGGUCUUGAGGGGCCCUCUGAAUUUUUAAAUGUGUGUGUUUCCAUAUACACCAAACUGCUCUCCCUAUGACAUUACUGACAGGCACUCUCAACUGGAAUUUUACGUCCGUAUGUAUGUGCAUAUGUGUAUAUAUAUAUGUAUGUGUGUGUGUGUGUGUGUAUGUAUGUAUGUAUGUAUGUAUAUAUAUAUAUAUAUAUAUAUAUAUAUAUAUAUAUAUAUAUAUAUAUAUAUAUAUAUAUAUAAAUGUGGAUAGGAUCAGCGUCUGUAUAUCCGUUUGACUAGAUCUGAAUUUUAAUGAUAAAAAUAAAACAGAACAAAUUAUUUUAGAAAAAA